AUGGAAAGAUUUUUUAAGAGAAAGUCAUCAUUGGGUAGUUCGGAUAGUGUGGGAAGUUCAAAAACUUCAAGUUCAAGACAAAGUCAGUUAGAUGAGGUUUUGGCUAAUCUUCAGGCAGACCCGGGACUAAGAAUUCGUAUGAUUGAGUAUGAUGCUAAUAUUAGAGAUGAGGUUCGAAGAGCAUAUCUACAAAAAGGACCUUGUCAACCUAGAGGUCAUUCUUUCCCACAAAGUAAUAUCUCAGGACUUAAUCGACGCUUCAUUCCCCAAUGGUUUGAUGAAUUUGAUUGGUUGGAGUAUAGUGUAUCUAAAGAUGCUGCAUUUUGUCUUUAUUGCUAUCUCUUUAAAUCCAAUUUUGAACAAGUGGGUAGUGAAGCCUUCACUGGAGUAGGGUUUAAGAAUUGGAAGAAAGGGAGAGAAAGAAUGAAGGUGCAUGUUGGACCGGUUGGUAGUGUUCAUAAUAAAGCUAGAGAAGCCGCUACAAAUUUGAUGAAUCAAAAUACACAUAUUGAAACGGCUGUGAGCAAACACUCUGAACAAGCUCGGAUGGCAUAUCGAAGAUGCUUAAUUGCAUCAAUCAAGUGCACUAAGUUUCUAUUGAGACAAGGUCUUUCUUUUCGUGGAAAUGAUGAAAGUGCCACUUCAAGCAAUAGGGGAAAUUACUUGGAGCUAUUGCAAUUCCUUGCAGACAAUGAUGAGAAAGUUAAAGAAGUUGUGUUGGAAAAUGCUCCGGGGAAUCUCAAGUUAGUAGCUCCAAAGAUUCAAAAAGAUAUUGUCAAUGCAUGUGCCGGGGAAACACUUGAUGUCAUCAUGAGUGAUUUAAAAGAUAGAUUCUUUUCUAUAUUGGUGGAUGAAGCACGUGAUAUUUUUGUGAAAGAGCAAAUGGCUAUGGUGUUGCGUUAUGUGGAUGACAAAGGGCAUGUAAUUGAAAGGUUUGUGGGGGUUCAACAUGUUACCGACACCACUUCAAGUUCACUAAAGGAUGCCAUUGACAUAUUCUUUUCUUCCAAUGGUUUGAGCUUUUCCAAGUUACGAGGACAAGGUUAUGAUGGAGCUAGCAAUAUGAGAGGGGAGUUGAAUGGCCUUAAAACAAAGAUUUUGAGAGAACAACCUUGUGCAUACUAUGUUCAUUGCUUUGCUCAUCAACUUCAACUAGCACUUGUUACCGUAGCAAAGAAGAAUAUUGAUAUUGCCUCUUUCUUCACAACCACUAAUAGUGUGGUUAACCAUGUUGGAGCAUCGUGUAAGCGGCGUGAUGCACUUAGAGCACAACUCCAAGAAGAACUUGUGAUAGCUUUUGAAAAUGAUUGUCUUAUAACGGGCGAGGUUUGCAUCAAGAAACAAGUCUCAAACGUGCCGGUGACACACGAUGGAGCUCACACUACGGCUAUAUUGGGACUCACAAAUGAUGUGUCACAAGCAUUGCAAAAGAAAGAUCAAGAAAUUGUGAAUGCAAUGGCUUUGGUGAAAUCAUGCAAGGAAAAGCUACAUUGGAUGAGGAAUAAUGGGUUUGAUGCAUUGGUUGAAGAGGUGUCUUCAUUUUGUGACAAACAUCAUAUUGAUGUUCCUAACAUGGAUGAGGCAUUCGUACUUCCAGGGAGGUCAAGGCGUAAUGCUCCAAUAAAGACAAAUCGUCAUCAUUAUCGUGUGGAGCUCUUUAUUUAUGUCAUUGACGAGCAACUUACGAAGUUAGAUGAUCGUUUUAAUGAGGUAAAUACUGAGUUGCUUAUUUGUUUGGCAUGUUUGAGUCCAAAUGAUUCAUUUGUAGCUUUUGAUAAACAAAAGUUACUUCGUCUUGCUCAAUUUUAUCCUCAAGACUUUUCUUAUGGGGAGGGCAUUCUCCGGUUGCUACUGCUUCAAUCGAGAGGGCAUUCUCCGUCAUGA